AUGGAAAGACCGAAGCGCCAACUUGCCAACAUUCAUCAGUUGGAAAAUGAGGCGCCCAUCCAAGUGGAAUUUUAUCUCGUCAUGUUCUCCCUCUUUUCCCAGCUUCGGAAGCUCUUUGGGGCAAAGCCCCUAGCCGACGAAGCGACCGACUCAAUUGAGGUCAAGUCAGUCGAGACAACUCAAACAGACACCUCCUACUCCAAGGAGGUCGGCCAUCAACAACCCCCGCCAGCCCCAACAUGGGCCAUCCCUCUCUGCGGUCCACUCCUCAGCAGACUCUUGUCUAAGAACGACACCUCCAAUACUACAACCAACCUCAACGCCAAGGGCAAGAAGGACCUCGAGAAGGACGACUUCGUCAUCAUCAACCCCUUCACCGAAGAUGAUUCCUCUCCAGAGGAAGAGCCAGUGCAGACUAAGGAGAAGCUCCUCUGCGACUUUGAUUUCGAGAACCGACCUGGAGGAGGAAGAAAGUUCGUGAUGGACUUGACGAAAGACCUGGACGAGAUCGUCGACCCGAACGAAAUCAUGUUUCUUGUCAACUUAUUGGAGACACUCAGGGACGGUGUCGCCAUGGAUGCUCUCAUGCGUCCGUCGACUCGCUUCUCGGGGGAUAUGAUCAAGGUUAGAGCCGCGAGGUGGGCGGAUAAGGUGGGUGAACAGGUGGAUGAAUAUCUGAAGGUUGAGAAGGAAAAGGUUGAGAGGAUUCGGAAGAAGGCGGAGGAUCUUAGUGAGGAGGAGGAUGAUAGGGUGGUUUGGCAAGAAGCGGUUGAUAGGACAUUGAAGGACAGAGGGGUAUUGAAGGCCAUUCCGAACAUCGAAGGUUGA